GAGAGAAAUAAGGAUACCUAGAACUUAGGGAGGGAAGAAAGCGUGAAGAUCGUGCUUUCUCUUCACCCUUCUGCUGCCUCUAGCCAUGGAGGGACAGACCCCAGGAAGCAGAGGCCUUCCAGAAAAGCCUCAGCCUGCCGCCGCCGCCACCACUCUGUCCUCAACGGGUGCUGUCUUCAUCCUCAUGAAGUCCGCGCUGGGAGCUGGCCUGCUCAACUUCCCCUGGGCCUUCUCCAAAGCGGGCGGCGUGGUCCCUGCCUUCCUGGUAGAGCUGGUCUCCUUGGUCUUCCUGGUCAGCGGGCUGGUCAUCCUGGGCUAUGCUGCUGCUGUCAGUGGCCAGGCCACCUACCAGGGCGUGGUCAGGGGGCUCUGUGGCCCCGCCAUCGGGAAGCUGUGUGAGGCCUGCUUCCUUGUCAACCUGCUCAUGAUCUCCGUGGCCUUCCUCAGGGUGAUUGGGGACCAGCUGGAGAAGCUGUGUGACUCCCUCCUGUCUGGCACCCCGCCCGCCCCGCAGCCGUGGUACACAGACCAGCGCUUUACCCUGCCCCUGCUCUCUGCGCUGGUCAUCCUGCCCCUAUCUACCCCACGGGAGAUCGCCUUCCAGAAAUAUACAAGCAUCCUAGGCACCCUGGCUGCCUGUUACCUGGCCCUGGUCAUCACUGUGCAGUACUAUCUCUGGCCCCAGGGCCUCGUGCGCGAGUCCGGUCCUUCACUGAGCCCUGCCUCGUGGACCUCUGUGUUCAGUGUCUUCCCCACCAUCUGCUUCGGAUUUCAGUGUCACGAAGCUGCCGUGUCCAUCUACUGUAGCAUGCACAAGCGGAGCCUCUCCCACUGGGCCCUGGUCUCCGUGCUGUCCUUGCUGGCCUGCUGCCUCGUCUACUCACUGACGGGGGUUUAUGGCUUCCUGACCUUUGGGACAGAAGUUUCUGCUGACAUCUUGAUGUCCUACCCAGGCAAUGACACGGUCAUCAUUGUGGCCCGGGUCCUUUUUGCUGUCUCCAUCGUAACUGUCUACCCCAUCGUGCUCUUCCUGGGGAGGUCGGUGAUGCAGGACUUCUGGAGGAGAAGCUGCUUGCGGGAAUGGGGGCCCAGGGCCCUGGCUGACCCCUCAGGGCUGUGGGUCCGGAUGCCGCUGACUGUCCUGUGGGUCACCGUGACGCUCUCCAUGGUGCUGUUUAUGCCCGACCUCAGCGAGAUCGUCAGCAUCAUCGGAGGCAUCAGUUCCUUCUUCAUCUUCAUUUUCCCAGGUGAGGCCCCUGCUUUCCAGGCUUUCUGCCCACUCGUUCUUCCCUGCUUAUCUCUGUGGGGGCUCCCUGUGUUGGAGGUCAAGGUUCUGGAAGGUGGGAGCCACAUAUGGGUAGAUUAA